AUGAGCAUUGAAAUGAAAUCUGACGUGAGCGUCGAAGAGAUAUCAGAUGGGGGGAAUCCAACGGAAAAGGGAAGCUCACCGGUGCUUGUCGAUGAUCAAAAUGAAUCGUUGGGCGAUGAACCCGUUGGAAUUGAUUCCAAGACCCAAGAGAAUUAUCGGAUUUGGAAGAAAAACACGCCAUUCUUCUAUGACUAUGUAUCAACCACGUCAUUACUCUGGCCGCUGCUCACAGUGCAAUUUUUCCCGGAUGUGGAGACAAGUCCUGGGAAUGAUUUGACGUUACAACGUCUUCUUCUUGGAACAUUCACGUUGGGACAGGCAGUCGAUAAUAUUUCAAUUCUUCAAGUUCCAUACUACACAAAUCUUACCCUGAAAAUUGAUAUCUACAAACUCAAUUACACGGCAGAACGUCGAGAGUUUGAGCUCUCAACGGUACCACAACGUAAACCAACUAUUCUUCAAAAAAUCCAUCAUCUGGGGGAUGUAAAUAAGGCGAGAUAUAUGCCACAGAAUCCAGAUAUUGUAGCCAGUUGUAAUAAUACAGGUGACUUGGUUGUAUAUGACCGUACCAAGCAUCCCAACUUUGGGAUUGGACUUGACGAUGAGGUGAAUAAACCAGACUUAAGAUUGGUGCGAAAGGGUCCAACUGAUUCGAUUUCUUCGGACAUUUUCGCUAUUGAUUGGAAUAAACAGAAUGAGAGCGUUAUUGUUUCUGGAGAUAUGGAGGGCCGUAUUUCUGUACAUGAUAUUCGUCUGUCAUUCACGUCAGUUGCAGUGACAUCUCUCGAAGCAACCCAUUCCUACACCAAUGAAUCUGGGAUUAAUGAUAUCGAAUGGGCGCCUAAACAUGAUUCAAUAUUCGCCGUGGCAGAUGAAACUGGGAGUAUGCGUCUCUAUGAUGUCCGUACUGGUGCGGUUGUUCAUACUCAUAAAUACUCUGGACAAGGUGGACUCAAUGCGGUGAGCAUUAAUCCAGGGAACCCAAUGUAUGUAGCUCUUGGUGCAUCAGAUGGAACUAUCAGUGUAUGCGAUAUACGAUCAUCCACAGGGGAUGCCAUGAUGACACUUCCAGCUACUUCAUUCGAUGGGUCCGUAACACAAGCCAAAUGGCAUCAUCGUCACCAUAACGUUCUUGCGGCAUCAUCUACUGAUAAAACUGUCAAGAUCUUUGACCUUGCAGAAACGAAUUAUGAGUCCAAUGACCAUGUUCUUUUCGUACAUGCCGGUCACAUGCUCGGUGUGAAUGAUCUUGACUGGUCUCUCCAUGAUGAUUGGCUUAUGGCCACUGUUGCUGAUGAUAACUCAUUGCACGUAUGGAAACCUGCAGCAUCUAUUGUACGCCCGUAUCAAAACAAGUAG